AUGGGAGUGAGCAGCCUGGGGGCUGGCCUGUGGCUUCAGAGGCGAGCUGAGUCUCGUUCCCUCGGCAACCGGGGAAGCAUCCCCAUCGGCCACCUUUUGGAGACAGUUGACAUCAUCCAGGUGCUGCUGGCCAGGGGGGCACACCUGUCCCUGAAGGAGACCUGCAGGGAGAUGUUGUGCCGCCCCAGAUGCUGCCUCCAUGGCGUGGCCAUGUUGGUGACGGCCCUCGUGGAGACCUCCCGUCCUGCCAUGUGCAGCCUCCAGAGACAUCUGAGCUCUGUCCUGGAGAAGGAAGAGGCAAAGGAGCAUUCAGCUGCAGCAGUGGCCUUCUUUGUUGAGCUGCUGACUAACUACAAGAGCCAAGCCCCCAUGGAGAGGACCUGGAAGCUGCUCAUGGCUAGGCUGGAACACCCCAGCCUGACCGUUCGCCAACUGAGCAGGAAGGGUCUUCUCCAUCUCUGCGAGAACUACAAAGUGAUGAUGACCCCUGAGGAGCUCUGUCAUGCCAUCCUCAGUGGGCUCUGCAGUUCCAGCCAAAUCAUCAUCUUGCAGUUCUUGGGCUUGGCGGAGCAGCUCGGCCUCCAGACACAGGAGGAUGUUUGGACGCCACUGAAUGCCUCCUUGGCUGCCCAGUACCGCUUGCUCUUCGACCACGAGGCGGCAACCAUUCGAUGGGCAGCCUUGAAAUACGUCUGGCCUCUUCUGCAGCACCGGAAAGAUCUUGAGGGGACAACAGCCAUCCACACCCUCAUUGCGGUGCUGAUGCACGUGGAAGAUCUUGAGAAGGAGGUGGCAAAGGCAGCAAAGGUUACCCGCAGCACCUAG